AUGGCACCACUCAAGAUCCUCAUUGUUGGGCCUACUAAAGCUGGCAAGUCUACAAUUGCCAACUUUCUUGCGGAACAAUCUGAUCGGCUUGGAGGACAGGAACGUUACCGACCAACAAUUGGCGUUCGAAUCCUUGAGCUUGAAAAGGGCAGAGCAAAUGUGGAGCUUUGGGACGUAUCAGGAGAUCAAAGUUAUGAAGCGGGUUGGCCAGCAGUGAUCAAAGAAACGGACGGCGUUAUUCUCGUUUACGAUCCGGAAUCGCAUGUUCAUGAAAGUGAGGCCAUGCUGUGGUAUGAGUGGUUUAUGCAGAAUGCUGGUCUGGACAGCUCUCAAUGCCUUGUUCUUGAGCAUUCUACAGGUAGCAAUACUAGUGCGAUCCCUUUAUCAGCUAAAUCGCGUCUUCCAAGCCACUUGCGGGUGGUUGCAACGACAUUUGAUACACCAAACGUUUUAAAAAGCGAAUUCGAGCAACUCGUUAUUGCUGCUCUCGAACGCCAACAACGUAUGAGUAAACGCAAAUGA